UGCGGUCGGGACUCCAAGGCAACUUUUGACUUGAUUUACAGACUUCGUGUACAGUCUCGGUCAAUGUCGUGUGAAUGGCUGGCUCUGCUCUGAAACGUCUAAUGGCUGAAUAUAAACAGUUAACUGUGAAUUCACCAGAAGGAAUUCUUGCUGGGCCGAAGUCAGAGGAGAAUUUCUUUGAAUGGGAAAGCCUUAUCAUGGGUCCGGAGGGCACGCCUUUUGAAUUCGGUGCCUUUCCAGCUGAUUUGAUAUUUCCAAAGGAUUACCCAAUGAGUCCACCCAAGAUGAAAUUUACGUGUGAAAUGUUUCACCCAAAUGUGUAUCGUGAUGGUCAUGUGUGUAUCUCUAUCCUUCAUGCGCCGGGUGAUGAUCCUCUUGGUUACGAGAGCAGUGCUGAGCGAUGGAGUCCGGUUCAGAGUGUAGAGAAGAUAUUGUUGUCUGUUAUCAGCAUGCUUGCUGAACCUAACCCAGAGAGUGGAGCUAAUGUGGAUGCUUCGAAAAUGUACAGAGAUGAUCGUGAGCAGUUCUGUAAAAUAGCUAAUCGUCUUGUUCGUAAAUCAUUGGGACUAUAACAAUCACUGAUAUCCUCUCAUUCCUGAGUGUAUCAAUUUAUAAUCAGCUUAUAUGUAGAAAUCAAGAAUGCAAGUUUAGUCUUAUUGCUGCAGCA